ACGGGAGCGAGUACUAGCAUUAAACUCAGAAUCUGCAGAUUUAUGAACCCCUAAAUCCUAAUCAGAUUAAUUUAUAAGCUUACACCUUACCCCCCUUUUCACGUCAAAAGAGAACAAACAAAAGGCUGCUUCUUUUUUCUUUAUUAAUAGGUCCCUUUUUUUUCUAGUUGUUGCAACUCCUUCACUUUCCACACUUUUCUCUCUCACCAAAUUGCUUUCUUCCUGUGUUGAGCUUGUAGUACAGUAGCUUAGCUUGCUGUGGCCAAAACAAUGAGGAUUUUUAAUCUCUGCCUCAUUUUUUUCUUUGUCUUUCUAUCAAGUGCUGCAGCAUUUUCACCAAAGGUUGGUGUGAACUAUGGUACACUGGGCAACAACUUACCCAAACCAUCAAAAUCAGUUGAACUGAUCAAAAGCCUCAAAGCAGGGCGGGUGAAACUGUAUAACCCAGACCCAGAAAUCCUGAAAGCCCUCAAUGGCACAAAUAUACAAGUGUCUAUUAUGGUCCCAAAUGAGAUCAUUUCCAACAUUUCAACCAACCAAACUAUGGCCAAUGAGUGGGUACAUAAGAAUUUAGUUGCUUAUUAUCCUCAUACCUUGAUUAGGUAUCUCCUUGUUGGAAAUGAAAUCCUUAGUUUAAUGGGUGAGGCUGAUAAAAAGACUUGGCAUGAUCUAGUCCCGGCUAUGCGAAAACUCCAAUAUGCUCUUAAGAUUCAUGGCAUCCGUAAAGUCAAAGUGGGAACAACGAUGGCGAUGGAUGUCCUUGAAUCGUCGUUUCCACCCUCGAAUGGCACCUUUAGGUCUGAUAUUGCUGUCUCUGUUAUGAGACCAUUGUUGCAGUUUCUCAACAAAACAAAGUCAUUUUUCUUUAUAGACUGUUAUCCUUACUUUGCUUGGUCACAAAAUUAUCAAUCUAUUAGCCUAGACUAUGCAUUGUUUAAAGGUGGUGUGACCUACAAAGACCCUGUCAGUAAGUUGACAUAUACCAAUUUGCUUGAUCAAAUGCUUGAUUCUGUCCACUUUGCGAUGAAGAAGCUUGGGUAUCCGGAUAUUAGAAUCUGGAUUGCUGAAACAGGUUGGCCUAAUGGUGGUGAUAUCGACCAGAUUGGAGCUAAUGUUUACAAUGCUGCUACUUAUAAUAGAAACUUGGUUCAGAGGUUGAAUGCUAAACCCUUGGUUGGAACACCUGCUAUGCCCGGUGUUGUUUUACCCACCUUCAUAUUUGCUUUGUUUAAUGAAAACCAAAAGGGCGGUCAAGGUACUGAACGGCAUUGGGGGCUAUUUUACCCAACUGAGGCACAUGUUUAUCCAAUUGAUUUGACCGGUGAGACCGAUUUAGCAUCUUAUCCGGCUUUGCCAAAACCUAAGAACAAUGAACCAUACAAGGGGAAAAUAUGGUGUGUGGUGGCCGAAGCCAAGGGUGCAAACAUGACUGCCCUAGGAGAUGCAGUAACAUACGCUUGUGGUCAAGGAAACGGGACUUGUGCUGCUAUCCAGCCCAAGGGCUUGUGUUACAACCCAAAAUCACUAAUUUACCAUGCUAACUAUGCAUUCAGUUCAUAUUGGGCACAAUUUAAAAGUCAAGGUGCUACUUGUUUCUUCAAUGGGCUUGCUGUGCAGACCACCAAGGAUCCCAGUCAUGGUAAAUGCAAGUAUCCAAGUGUCACUCUUUCUUGAGGAUUGGUGAGUUGAGUAGGAAGCACAUCAAGAAUUCGGCGCCCCCCCUUACAUGGUGAAUAACUAUUUAGCAUUUGAUCAACGUAAUUUUUGGGAAGUGAUUUGGGUGCCCAAUAUGCAAAUCAUUUGACUGAUGACGCUGCCUUUGGAUGAUCAUAGUGUGCAUCACAAUCACUUCCCAUCUUUUGCUACCAUUCUUCUCUAAGAUCCCUCUUUAUCAAGUUUUGAUCCUCGUAUCAGUUACAGGCACAUUUUCUUGGGGAAUGGCUGUAAUUUUUCAAGCAGUACCCUUUAAUAGUAACUGGUCUAAGUCAUCCUCUGGUAAUAAUAAUUCUGGCACCGGAGACAUGUUAUUGUCAUUAUCAUUAUUGGGUUGGAGUUGUCGAAGGGAAACAAGAAAAAAACGAUUUCUAGUAGCUAGUUAUGUACUUAUUCUGUAUGACUAUUCAUUUCGUUAAUUCUAUUAGACUGAAUGGUAGACAAAUAGUUCUUAUUUCUUUAAUA